AUGCAUCCCACAUUGUAUGCAGCUGCAGAGUCAGGUGAUUGGUUAGUAAUGGCAAGCUUUUCAGACUACUUCUACUCUCAACAUACUCCAGCAAAAGACACAGUCCUUCACGUAUUAGCCCAGUCAUGUGACUCUGCAAAUGUAGUCCAAGAUAUCCUUGACGGACAUGGCCGUUUGCUUAUGAAAUUGAACAAAAGGGGCGAGACUGCACUUCAUUUGGCAGCAAGAAAGGGGCAUUCCGGCGUCGUUCGAGCACUAAUUGACUAUGCAAAAUCGGGAGCAGGAGGAUAUUGGUUCCCCCCAUGUUUUGACAGAUGCAAGUGGAUGCUGAGGAUGGCUAGUAAGGCUGGAAACACAGCUUUACACGAGGCAGUUAGGAACAACUUCUAUGACAUCGCCAAAUUGUUAGUUCAAGAAGAUCCUGAGUUUCGUUAUCCCCACAAAUAUGCUCUGAAGACGCCUCUGUAUCUCGCAGUUGAGAAGGGACGCCAUAAUAUUAUGGUUCUAAUUUUGGAGUCUUGCAAGACACCAUCUUAUCUUGGCCCCGGACACAAAACUGCCUUGCAUGCUGCCGCAAUUUGGAAUUCGCCAGAGUCCAUGGAGCGGAUUUUGGAAAGGCUGCCUAAUCUUAUAAAGAAUGUCGAUCAAUUUGGGUGGACUGCACUUCAUUAUGCUGCCAAAUUCAAUCAUCAGCAUAUUGCAAGACUCUUACUGUCUGCUAAGCGGUCUGCUGCCCAUGUUGCUGCCAAGAAUGAUGACUCCAAGACUGCUCUACACAUUGCGGCUUCUGAGCUCAUUAACGAAAUGGAUAAAGAAGGAAAAACCCCUCUCCACCUGUAUGUUGCUACCAAAAACCUAGAUGGGAAUUGCCCCGUGAAUCAUCCUUUUGUGGAUGUCAAUUCUUUUGACGAUUCCAACUCCACGCCUCUAGACAGGAUAGUAGGGGAUCAUCGACUUUCAGAAAGACAGGAACAAAUUAAGGGCCAGCUCCAGCAAACUGGUGCUAAAGCAGGAAUCUAUAAUAUUACCGCAAAGAGAAAAGCAAAAGCAUCUGAUAAAGAUCUAUCGGAUAAGUCGGACAAAAUCCCCCAAGCUUACGUGAUUGUCGCUACGGUGAUAGUUACAGUAACUUUUGCGGCUGGUUUCACUGUCCCUGGUGGCUUUGAAAGCGGUGAUGGUCACAAAAAAGGAGAAGCAGUUCUAGCAAAGAAAGCAGCUUUCAUUGUCUUUGUUGUUUCAGAUUCAUUGGCGUUGCUGCUCUCUAUGCUCGUAGUCUUUUACCAAUUUGUAGUCCGUCAUAGGCCGGGCCUUUUUGGUGAGCCAUCUGGACUCUUCUCCCGUAAGGCACUUAUUGGAUAUGCUAUGAUGGCAGUGGUGAUAGCAUUUAUGAGUGGCCUCUUUGCCGUGAUACCAUUCCACGGCAUCAAGAUAUAUCUCUAUGUUAUCAUUGCUUUCUUCGGCUACUUUUUUCUGGCCGCCAUUGUUGAAUGGAGGGUGGCACUUGAGGCUGGGAGGUCCUCCUUUGGGGAACAACUAAGGGAACAACUAAGGUCAAGAAAAGAAAACGAAUUAUCCCUGUGGGUAUCUGGGUUCGUGGACCGGUUACCGUACGACCCAACUAAUCCCACUGCGUGGGCGGAAGAGGCUGCCCAACAUCACCGACCAGGCACCGCAGCUAUUAGACAGCUAGCAUAUGGAGCACCAGCUGACCAGUUGGAUGAGUACAUAAGGAUGGGUGAAACCACUGCAAUUGAGUGUUUGUCAUAG